AUGUUAUCAUUGGGCGUUUCUCGAGCUGGUUUAGGCCGAGCGGCCUCAUCAGUUGGCCGAACAUACUCGACGAACUCGGCAAAGCAUCCGCCUUCGAAUCGGAGGAGAAACGUCGCACUCGCCAGCGUGAUCAGCACUAUGCCAGGCCUGUGGUGGUUCACGGCCACCGACGACAACAUUCCACUUCUGAAGACUACGCCAGUGGAUCAUUGGGACGUGGAGCCAGGCCCUUCAAAAGACCAAGUGACUCGCAUGAUAUCCGAAGGGGCAUAUUCUUUCCCUGUCAAAAGUGUUGCUGGCAUCAGCAGAUACGAUGGCACCCAAUUGGGCUCCAAUAGCCUAUGCGAAGACCGAUUUACACAUGGCAAACUUCCUUCGCCGUGGGAUGAUGGCAGUCAAUGGAUGGCCUGGGCCAUUUUCGAUGGGCAUGCAGGCUGGCAGACAGCAGACUUGCUGGAGAAGCAGCUCCUCCCUUUUGUACGGCACAGCUUGAACCAAGUGAAGCCAUCUUUGAACGAUGAAACUGUUUCGUCCGACUUGGUUCAGCGUGCGAUCAUCAAAGGGUUCUUGAACCUCGACGACUCGAUUAUCAAGACAGCCUUGCGGACAGCUCAGAGCAAAGAACCACUUUCAGAAAAAGUGAAGAAGCUGAUGCCUGCUUUCGCGGGGUCCUGUGCUUUACUCUCUCUGUACGAUCCUUCCACUCGCUCGUUGCAUGUGGCGUGCACUGGUGAUUCACGGGCAGUGCUGGGGCAACAGCUGCCCAACGGGACGUGGGAAGCAAUACCGUUAUCUGUGGAUCAGACUGGUAGCAACCAAGAAGAAAUUGCCAGGCUGUACAAGGAACAUCCAGGCGAAAAAGAGAUCGUCAAGGAGGGCCGCGUGCUAGGAGUGAUGGUCUCGCGAGCCUUUGGCGAUAGUCGGUGGAAAUGGCCACUAGACUUCCAGCAGGAGAUGAAAGAAAGAUUCUUCGGUCCAUCUCCGCUGACUCCAAAAUAUGAUGUUCGAACCCCGCCGUAUCUGACCGCUGAGCCGGUCGUGACAACUACAAAGAUUGACCCCGGACGACCUUCGUUCUUGAUCAUGGCGUCGGACGGGCUGUGGGACUCGCUCUCUAGCCAGCAGGCUGUUGAUUUAGUAGGAAAAUGGAUCGGGUCGAGGAAAAGCAUACCUGCGCCAGAGUAUGAGGCAUUUGAUUUUGGCCAGGGAGUAAGUGAGAGGUUUGUGGAGGGGAGAACGACUGUCCAAGACGGUAAUAGUGCGGUGCAUCUAGUGCGCAAUUCUCUCGGUGGGAAUCACCAUGAAAUGAUUGCAGGACGGCUUGCCUUUAGCCCUCCGUUCUCUCGGCAUCCACGGGAUGAUAUCACGGUGCAGGUAGUGUUCUUCAACACGCCGGUUUAA